GCUGGAGACGGCGUAAUUCCAUUCUUGCCGUUUUUAUGGGCAACAUCGUCCUGCGGAAUCGUAUUCUGGAGAGCAUGAACAACCUCGAACACGGUGAUGAUGGUGGUGACGAUUCUGACCAUUUUGAAGUAGCACGCGAUCGUCUGUUCAAUGGUAUGCAGGACGACGAAGACGAUACGCCCGGAUCACGUAGCGAAUUUGCAUCGAUUUUGCGCCAUCUCAUACGUAGUGGCGAAAUAAUGGUGCUGAACUAUGAAAGCUACACGCAUCAUCCGCUUCCGGUGAUAAGGAAGAAACCGAACCUGCAGAAAUUGAUGCGCAACGAUAUCUAUCACUCGACACAGAUCGCAUGCGGCCAAAGCGAUACGGUUGGCGUGGGAGAGGAUGGCGGUGGUGGUGGCGGUCAUGAAAAGUCCACGGCACCGUUUUCGCUCAUGAGCAUGGUGGCCGAUCGGCAACAGGGGCUCGGAAAGCGCAAGGGACCGUUCAUGCAGAGCGACAAGUGUAAGAUAAUAAACCAUUUCCGGCCGAACAGUUGCACCGAAACGAUCAGCUCGUGCGAUUCGAAGGUAUUCUGCGGACGAUUCACGAGCAAUGGGGACCAGUUCGUGACGGCGGGCCAGGAUGCACUGGUCCGGGUGUACGAUUCAUCCCGCUGUCAGUACAAGCUGAAGAGCACGCUGGAGACGAAGCACGUGGCUUGGUCAAUUCUGGACAUCGAUUUCAGUCCCGAUGGCAGCUCGUUCGUCUACAGUACCUGGGCUGAUGCAUUGUUUAUUUCCAGACUAGAGCGUGGAAUGUCUGAUAGCAUACAUUCGCUGUAUCUGUGCUCGAACAACCGGAAGCUGGGAGUGUUUACCGUGUGCUAUUCAAGCUGUGGCAAACACAUCCUGUGCGGUGCUAACGAUGGCAGUCUGUACGCGUACGAUUUGGCAGCGAAUCGGCGCACUCUGAUGGCGCCCGUUGCACGGGAGGAAACGGAUGUUAAUACGGUCGGAUUCGUCGAUGAGCUGUCGAACAUAUUCUUCAGCGGCAGUGAUGAUAGCGUUAUCAAGCUGUGGGAUCGUCGCUGUAUGAACGAAUCGAACCCGGAAGCGGUCGGACGGCUGAUUGGCCAUUACGAUGGUAUAACGUACAUCGACUCGCGCAACGAUGGUCGGUACAUCAUAUCGAACUCGAAGGAUCAGAGUAUCAAGCUGUGGGAUCUGCGCAAGAUGUCCCCGUCCAAUAUUAGACGCGAGCAGGUGUUAAACCAUUGGGAUUACCGAUGGGACGAUGUGCCAAAACGCUUCUUCAACAUCACAAAAUCACUGAGGGGAGACACCAGCAUAAUGACGUACCGCGGCCACAAGGUACAGAAGAGCUUAAUACGCGCGAAAUUUUCGCCGGCAAGCACCACCGGCCAGCGGUACAUCUACACCGGUUGCGGCACUGGACGUUUAAUAAUUUACGACGUAUUGACCGGUUCGAUUGUGGAGGCGAUCGAGGGACAUCACGAUAUUGUGCGUGAUGUGGAUUGGCAUCCACACAGAACGGAAGUCAUGACUUGUUCGUGGGAUGGAACCGUGCAUCGGCACACACAUUGCAGCUCAAUCGAGAAGCAGGAACAACGGGAACGGUUGCAUCAGCUCAAGUCACGGCGUCUAUCGAAUGCGAACCGUUCCGCCGAAACGGCUUCCGAUGCUGAUGAGGACGACGAGGAGGAGUUUGUCGAUAGGAUCGAUGGAAUUGUACGAAGUCCACCGGUAAGACGAUCGCGCCGUUUGGCAGAACGAUACAGUCACGAUGGGGGGCGUGCUACAGCCAGCGGCCGACUCAGCACCAUUAGCAGUAGUAGCAGCGCCAGUGUCUCCAGCAACAGCAGCAGCAGCGCUAGCAGUAGCAGCAGCAGCAGCAGCAACAGUGUACGCAGUUCCAGCUCGGGACGUAUCAGUCGAAAUGGGAACUUUCCUGCUUCGCGCACCUUACGCUCCUUGCGCUCGUUCGAGUCGUCUUUCCGCUCGCUACGUAGACGGCUCCGCGACAACCCGUGAAAGCG